GGCGCGGCACGGCGCGCGCGGGGCGGGGGAGACGUGGCAGUGACGUCGGGCCCGGCCGGUGGGUCCCGAGCAGCAGCGCCGCGCGCGAGUCGCGGCCCGGCGAUGAGCCCCGAUGCACACGCGGCGCCGCCACGGCUCUAGGAACACGGAGCAGGGCGUCUACCUGGGCCCCCCCCAGACGCAGGCGCUGCCGCCUGCCGUGCCCCCCGCCACCACCAUGUCCUGCCGUGACCGCACCCAGGAGUUCCUCUCUGCCUGUAAGUCGCUGCAGAGCAGGCAGAAUGGGCUGCAGCCGAGCAGACCAGCCUUGAGCGCCGCGCGGCAACGGAGUGAGUUCGCUGUCAUGGCCAAGCGCAUCGGGAAGGACCUCAGCAAUACCUUCGCCAAGCUGGAGAAGCUGACGAUCCUGGCCAAGCGGAAGUCGCUCUUCGACGAUAAGGCAGUGGAGAUCGAGGAGCUGACGUAUAUCAUCAAACAGGACAUCAACUGCCUCAACAAGCAGAUCGCCCAGCUGCAGGACGUAGUGCGGGCUAAGGGCAGCCAGAGCGGGCGGCACGUGCAGACCCACUCCAACACAGUGGUGGUGUCGCUGCAGUCCAAGCUGGCCUCCAUGUCCAACGACUUCAAAUCUGUGCUGGAAGUGAGGACAGAGAACCUGAAGCAGCAACGCAGUCGCCGCGAGCACUUCUCCCGUGCCCCCAUCUCUGCCUUGCCCCUGGCCGCUAGCAACCUGGGUGGCUCUGCAGUGCUGCAGGACGAGGCACCACACGCCGGGGACGUUGCCAUCGACAUGGACACGCGGACCAGCCAGCAGCUGCAGCUGAUCAACGAGCAGGAUUCGUACAUCCAGAGCCGGGCUGACGCGAUGCAGAACAUCGAGUCCACCAUUGUGGAGCUGGGUUCCAUCUUCCAGCAGCUGGCACACAUGGUGAAGGAGCAGGAGGAGACCAUCCAGAGAAUCGACGCCAGCGUGGAGGACACGCAGCUGAACGUGGAGGCCGCCCACGGGGAGAUCCUCAAGUACUUCCAGUCUGUCACCUCUAACCGCUGGCUGAUGGUCAAGAUUUUUCUCAUCCUUAUCGUCUUCUUCAUCAUCUUUGUCGUGUUUCUGGCCUGAGCACCCUUCCCACAGAUGGACUCGGCCCCUCUCUGACUGUCGGGGCUAGGAGACUUGCGGUGGCCCCCGGGGCCCAGACACGUGCCCGGGGAAAGGGGCAGGGAGGCGCUGGCUGCCCAGACUGAUGUCCCCGGGCUUCGGGGCUGUGGCGUCGCCUCCUCGGAGCUCUGCCCCACGCAGGGCCCCGCAGCCCAGGCCGCGGCUGGUGCCGCCUGGUCGUGGUGACGGCCGUGCCCUCGCCCGCUGGGGCCCCCAGGCCGCCCAUGACCCCCAUUAAACUUUUCGGUCCGCGGU